AUGGAUUUGGUUGUUUCAUUUGUCCAUGUGUAUAGGGAAGCUAAUUUUUUGACGGAUUCUUUGGCUAAGGGUGAUGCUUCAUUACCUUCUCUUGUUGCUUUAAAUGAUGUAGCCAACAAUCUCAACAUCUUCCACACUGUGUUAUGCACAUCAGGAGCUUAUGGGACUGCUGUCUACAACUCUGUGUGGACACACAUGCCCCACAUCUACACCGAAUUUGAACACAUUGCUCUCCCUGACUUCCCUAAAACAACUCUCCAUCGCUCGCAACUAACUAAUGAAAUGAAGCUUGCAGAUGGAACUGACUUUGCAUCUGUCUUUCUUAGACGCCACAUAGCUUAUUGCAUGCGCACUGGGGGCACCUUGUGCAACACUUUGGAGGGACUCGAGGGAAUUGGCAUAGAGCAGCUAAGGAAGACGACUAAAACGUCGGUUUGGGCGGUUGGACCAUUGCUGCCCCGUUCCCUCAUAAACCCUAAUUUUAUGGAAAAAGGCACUGAUGAGCAUGUGUGGAGAGAACAGGGUCUCGAGACAGUGGUCUGCGUAGAAAGGAUGGACCAAUACCCACCCGCCUCAAUUCUUUAUGUAUCAUUUGGUUCCCAAUUCAACAUUUCGGAGAAACAGAUGAAGGACCUAGCAUUGGGACUCGAGGCCAGUGGGAGGCCAUUCAUUUGGUCCAUUAGGCCACCUCUAGGUCUACCCAAGAUAGCAGAGUUUAGCAGCGAGUGA